CCGUUGUGGAAACCGGAAGUGGCGUAGGGCGGAGACGCAAAGAUUUUGAAUCAAACUCGGCACUGCAGCGCUUCUCAAGGACAGAAUGAACCAAAAUGAGAAGUCCCUGGAAAAGCUGAACUCGGAAUUGAAUAGUUUUGUUGUGGAGAUGAAGCCAUAUGUCCUCAAACACCCCAAAAAGACCGAGCGCCACCACUGUGCCUUGUGGGUCAAGAAGCUGUGCGAGCCGGCAACGUGUAGUUCAAGUCUAGCGAGUCACGAGAACCGCAAUCUGCAUGCCCGUCUGCUUCUUCACAUGCUCAAGAGAGGCGUCCUGGAAGGCCCGUUUGCCAGCAAACCGCAACGCGGCAGCCUCAAGUCGCUACCCGCUUACAUGUCAAUUUACUUUGACGAGCCACCCAUCGGAGGUUCGCUGGAGCGCAGCAAGGUGACUCUACCUGACUGGGUGGCGGCAGAGCUGGAUGACGGCGCCCAGGACAGUUUGGCUGUCCCCUUGCUAGAAGACAGAAGCGCUUCGGCUCCAAGCACGGCUUUUCCCAGGUCCGGCCAGGUGACUGAGACCCCGCGAGAAGCUGGCGCCUCUGGCCCACGCGAGCCCUUGGCCAUACGCGAGGCCAAAGCGCAGGUGGAUAUGGGAGAGACGUCUCCCGCCGACAGCAACCUGGAGGCUCGCUUCAACGGCUGGAACCCAGCGAUGGAGAACCCGAAGUACCUGCAAGAAAAGAUGAUUCCCUUGUCGCCUAUUUUCAAGUCCAGCCCGGUUCGGAGUGCCACCUUAACGGAUGAUGUGCACUUGCGGCUGCUGGAGAGCAAGCAGGUGGACCUCAAAGUGUUGGAGUCCAAACAUCAGGAGGAGAAACUAAGAAUGCAGCAGAGACACGAGGCCGAUGUUGACCAAAUCCUGCACCGAAGGAACGUGGAGCUUGAUGAGCUGAAGAGUCGCUAUCGGGCCCAACAGAAGGAAUCUGAGGAGAUGAUCCACAAACUCAAGUGGAAAGUUCAAAGUGUACUAAAGGAAUCCGAGGUCAUCCGCGAGAGCAAAGACAAGCAGAUUGCAGAGCUGAAGAAGAUGACAGAUCUGAGUGCCGACGGCUUGAAAAAUGAGUGGGAGAAGAAGCUGCUUGCAGCAGUGGCCGAGGUGGAGAAGGAGAAGUUCCAAUUGCAGAAGCAGCACACGGACAACAUCCAGGAGCUGCUGGAGAGCACCAAGAGGAGGCUGGCCAAGAUGGAGGCCGACUAUUACGCCCGCUCGCAACCCACUGCACAAACACUGCACGAGCUGGAGCGGCAAGUGGCAGAGCAGGUGGCCCGAGCGGAGAAGAGCAACGCCUCACUUCACAAGGCCAUGCAGGAGAAGGCCCAGCUGGAGGUCGCCCUUGCCGCCGUCGGUGCCCAACUGCACGAGGCCAACACAAGACUGGCGGCCCUCCACAAAGAGAAGGAUGAGCAGAGCGCGUCGUUUGAGGAAACCUUGCGCAAGUUCCGAGCCAAAAGUGAGGCCGACGUCACGCGUUUACGCGGCGAGCACGCGCUGGCUGCAGCUAAGGCCUCUGAGGUGAUGGAGGACUUUGAGAAGACGCUGGCUGAACUCAAACAGCAGCUCCUCGUCAGUGAACAUCAGCACCAGACACAAGUACGGGAUCAGGAUUUGAAGGCCCAAGAGGAAAAAGCCGAGUUACAGAUCAGCUAUGACAAAAAGGUUCUGGUGCUGCACAAUGAGGCAGAGGAAGAGAGGAGCCAAGCCAAGAUGAAGAUAGACAAGCUAGAGGAGGCUCUCAAACACGCCAAAAAGCAGCUGGACGAAAGUCGGGAGAGCCACAAGUUGCACCUGCGCCGGGCUGAUGCGGCGCUGGAGCAGUUGAGGAGCCAAGUGAAGCUCAGCUCCGACCAGGCCGAGGCCCAACUCAAGCUGCAGAUGGAGAAGAUGGAGGAGGAGCUGCAGCAUUCCAGGUGCCUCCGUGAAAAUCAGUCCAAAGAGUUCUCCCUGCAACUGGACGCCAUCCAACAAAAACACCAGCAGCAGAUGGCUGAGCAACGCAUGCAGCACGAGCAGGAGCAGGCGCGCCUGCGACAGCAGCAUUGCGCCCAAAAGGACAGCCUGGUCCUGGAGCGCCAGCGGGAGGUGCGCAGCCUGGAGAGCCGGGCCAGGGCCGCCCUGCACGCGCACCAGGAGCGUAGCCAGGAGUGGAGGAAGCGCGACGGCCAGAUCAUUUCUGAGUUGGAGGCCCAGCUGCGGCUUUUGCGCGAGGAGCUGCGGGCGACCCGCGGCCAGCAUGAGCGCCAGCUAGCCGAGAUGGCCGCGCUACAGGAGGAGGAAAAGCAAAAGGCUCACCUGGACAACCAGGCGCUCUUCUCCCACACGGAAGGCGUCCUCCGCGACCUCAAGCAAAGCUACCAGCAGGAGAAGGAAACGGCCCAGGAGAAGACCAACAGCAGCUUGAAGCACAUUGAGAAGGAGUACAGUCAGACACUCGCCAGGUCCGCAAAGAUAAUUGCUGAGCUGCAGCAGUCCGUGUGCAACGCCAAAGAGGAAGCUGCUGCCCUGCGGCGGGCGAUGGAGAUGCAGCGCGAGGAGGCCGACCAUCAACGGGAGCAAGACAGGAGAGAUCUGAGCCAGCAGGCCGAGCAGGCCAACCAGGUCAACCAGGCUCUGCAGGAAAAGGUGGAAAGUCUCCAGAGGCGUCUACGCAGCUCAGAGAAGACUCUGCUCGGCAAAGAGCUGAAGAGCCAAGAGAAGGUGACCACGGUGUGUCGGGAGUAUGAGGAGAAGAUGAAAGGUUUGAUUCCCGCCGAGCUCCGACAGGAACUGGAGGACACCAUCGCCUCACUCAAAGCUCAGGUCAAUUUCCUUCAGAGGAGGGCCGACAUCCUACAGGAAAGCUCGGACGCAUGUCGCAACAACAGGUUGCCGCCCGGUAAGGCACGGGACAACAGUCCGAGAGGAACGUAGACAGCCAAUCAGAUGUGAGCAUUGAUCACACCGCCACAUCCGCUGUACACUUCAUUUUACGCUGGCGGUGUCGGAAAGUUCCUAAGAUGCCGCCAGCGCUCGUUUUGACAUGACACACACCAGCCUCAGUAUUAGCUACAUCUAAAAAAAGAUAAUAUAUUUUUAUAUAAAUCUCUUCCACAGAAUGUUAAUUUCAUUUUUCUACGAUUGUGUCAAACUUGUUAGAAAGAAGUGGACGUUUAUUUUUGCCGUACUUUUUUUUAACUCGAAUAUUUCUUAUUCUUCUUUCAAUUUUCUUAAGCUGGUCUUACUUUUGAGCCUAUCACAUAUCCAAGAUUCAUCCUUGAGGUCAAUACUUAUUUGAAAUACUUAAAUCCUUAUUUCAUGUCAUUUGUUGGAAUGUCUCACAAUUUCUCUUAAUAAAAGACAUUCCUUCAUUUUCACAAUUUUUUUCCCCUUGCGUAAUGUCAUUGAUUUGAUUUUCUCAAUUCAGCCUUUGUUGAGACGUUUUUUUUUUGGGCGCGCGCAAUGAUAUUUUGCCUGGCACUAGCUGAGGCGCUGUAACUUUGCCUUUGCCCUGCGCACAUUCCAUCCAUACUUUGUGUCUUGUAAAAGAUAUUUUUCAAAGCA